AUGUUCAGAGCAACCGAAAUACAUCUUUAUAAAUUGUAUGUUGAAAGAGAAUAAGCUUUCCAUCUCCUCACUAAAGUUGGGCAAAUGAAAAAUGUUAAUUUAAUCAAUUGCUCAAGCAAUGCUUUUCAUGAACAUGAUUAUUACAAAUAAUUAAAACGAUGUGAUGAUAUUUAUAACAAAAUUGGUGAGAUCAAAAACCUUUUGCACUUAUAUAACAAAUAAAUCCAUUACUGUCCUAACUAUGAAGUAUUCAUUUAAAACAUCAUUAUUACUGACGAUUAGGCCGUAAAAAUUGAAUAAGAACUAACACACAAAGUCCAAUUUAUUUUGAAUCAAUAAGCAAAUCUUCAAUCGAUUAUGGAAUAAAGGGACAAAUUAGGCGAAGAGAUGUAAAUAUAAGAUUAAAUUUAAGAGCAGUAUUACAACAUUGCAAAGACUUCAUAUACAAAUUUUCUGGAAUCUAAUUAGGAUACAUAGUUGGAUGUCUUAAUACAAUUGAUUCACACAAGUUUAAUCGAAUAGUGUUUAGAAUUUCAAAGGAAAAUGGAAUUGUUAAAUUUGAGAAUUUGAACAAUUAGAGAACUCUAUUCACGUUGGUUUUUGCAUUAGGUAAACAUGAGAAUUUAAAAAAUAAAUUACUAAAGAUAUGCGAAGUAAUUUCAUACAUAAUCAAUUUAGGCAUUUAAUGUAUCAAUCAUUUAAGUACCUGAGGAGAGCAAAGUAGAAAAUAAAAUCUUGGAAUUAGAAAACGAUAUAGCCAAUUUGGAUAUUGUCAUCUCAACAACCAAAUAAGAAAUAGAUUAACAAUUGGAUUUCUUUUCAGAUAUAUAAGCGGAGAAACUCUUAAAUUUAGAUGAAAUCUAUGACCAUGGUUAUUGCUCCUAUAUUUGCGAAUUGAAGAUCAUCUUAGAUAUAAUAAGUGCCACUUAUUAUCAUCUAACAUUUUUUGAAGCUAAAUCUUAAUUUCUGAUUGGUCAAAUAUGGUGUGAAUAAAGGGACAUUGAGGAAAUCAAAUCAUUUGGAGUUCAAGUUGAAAUUAUGUAGGAUAUUAAUGAAAAUCUAUAUGAACCACCAAGUCUAAUGAAAACAAAUGCAUUUACCUACAUUUUCCAAGAAUUAGUCAACACAUAUGGUAUUCCAAGAUUCGAUGAAAUAAAUCCUGGAAUUUUCACAAUAAUUACAUUCCCAUUUUUAUUUGGUAUGAUGUUUGGGGAUAUUGGACAUGGAGUAAAAUAUUUUCUAUAUAAAGGUAGUUUUAACAAUCUUUGGUUUCUAUUUAUUAAUCUUUGGUUAGAGAGUCUUGAAAAGAAUCAAAUUAGAAAAUAGCAGUGACUAUCUUGCAUAUGCCGAUUUUUAGAGCUUAUAUCAAUGUAGGUAUCUCCUUACUUUGAUGGGUCUUUUUGCUACAUAUUGUGGUUUUAUUUAUAAUGAUUUCUUUUCGAUAUCAUUGGAGUAUAAACUAGAAAAGUUCUAAUUGGGGUUUGAUGGUAAGUGGAGCAUGUCAGAAUCCCACCUUACAGUAAUGAAUUCCUUCAAAAUGAAAACUGCAAUAAUCGUUGGAGUAACUCAAAUGGUCUUUGGAAUCCUUCUGAAAGGUUGGAAUUGUUUAUAUUAACGAAAAUAUAUUGACUUCUUCUUUAACUUUUUACCAGAAUUGGCUUUCAUGCUCUCAACCUUUGGUUAUAUGUCAUUUUUAAUAAUCCUUAAAUGGCUGACUAACUACAAUAAUAAUCAAGAACCACCCUCAAUUAUUACCACUCUUCUUAAUAUGGUCUUUACUUUAGGAGGAAUCAAAGGAACAGAGAUGUAUCCUUAUUAAGUUUACUAUUAAUCUAUAUUGAUAAGAGUUGCCAUCUAUUGUCCAAUCAUCAUGUUACUUAAACCCGAAGUCCUUAGAAUAAAGAGAAAAUUGUUUAAUCAAAGAAAUUAAUAAAUUGUUUAUAAUGAAUUAGUAGAAUAAGAACAUGGCUAAGUAGAUUUAGUGAAAGAGGAGAAACACUAACUUUUUGGCAAAUUAGUAGAACGUAGGACUAUUAAGGAAGAGAAGCAUUUUGAUUAUUCAGAGGUUUAUAUUGAAAGCUUAAUUGAAUGCAUAGAGUUUGUAUUGGGAGCUGUGUCUAAUACAGCUUCAUAUUUGAGAUUGUGGGCACUUAGUUUGGCACAUUCUCAAUUAUCAGAAGUAUUCCAUCGUAUGAUAUCUUUAGGUUUUCUUCAAAAUGUCUUUGGAACCAUAAUUAUAAACUGGAUCGAUUGCUGGAAUUUGUUUAACUUUUAUGAUAUAUGCUUUAGCAACCUUUGGAGUGCUGAUGUGCAUGGAUACUCUAGAAUGCUUCCUACAUUCAUUGCGAUUACAUUGGGUGGAAUUUUAAAGCAAAUUUUAUAAAGGAGAUGGCCAUAGUUUCUAAAGAUUUAAUUAUCUUCAAUUUUUAGAUUAGAAAUUUUAAUUUAGUACAAGAAUGUGAG